UGCCUCAGCCCGAUCCACCCCGGGCUCACUAUCGCCCCCCAAAAUUUCCUUUCGCUUUCGAUCUCUGGCUGUCACCCGGCCUGGCCCCUUCCACGCCCAGCCGGGGCAAGCCUGAUCUGGCCAUAGGCAUGAGGGGCCUCCGGCCGAGAUGAUAGUGCUGGCGCCAGCCUGGAGCCCAACUACCUCCCUGCUGCUGCUGCUACUGCUCAGCCCUGGCCUCCGCGGGUCCCCCGACUGUUCCUUCAGCCACAGCCCCAUCUCCUCCACCUUCAAGGUCACCAUCCGAAAGCUGUCUGAUUACCUGCUUCAGGAUUACCCAGUCACCGUCGCCGCCAACCUACAGGACGACGAGCUCUGUGGGCCAUUCUGGCACCUGGUCCUGGCCCAGCGCUGGAUGGGUCGGCUCAAGGCUGUGGCUGGGUCCCAGAUGCAAAGCCUGCUGGAGGCGGUCAACACCGAGAUACAUUUUGUCACCUUGUGUGCCUUCCAGCCCCUCCCCAGCUGUCUUCGAUUCGUCCAGACCAACAUCUCCCACCUCCUGCAGGACACCUCCGAGCAGCUGGCGGCCUUGAAGCCCUGGAUCACCCGCAGGAAUUUCUCGGGGUGCCUGGAGCUACAGUGUCAGCCCGCAGACUCCUCCACCACCCCACUGCCCCCAAGGAGCCCCAGGGCCUUGGAGGCCACAGCCCUGCCAGCCCCUCAGGCCCCUCUGCUGCUCCUCCUGCUGCUGUUGCCCGUGGCUCUCUUGCUGAUGUCCGCUGCCUGGUGCCUGCACUGGCGAAGGAGGAGAUGGAGAACGCCCUACCCCAGGGAGCAGAGGCUGAAACCAAGGCACAGAGAAGUAAAUAAUUUGCCAAAAGUCACACAGCACAUGAGUGACAGAGCCAAGACUUGACUCUGGGCUUUCUGGGCAUCUAAGCCUUUCCCUCUUCUGCCUCAGUUUCCUUAUCUGUACAAAAGACUCUAAUAAUAUUCUUUCUACCAUAGAGUUGUCUGGAGGUUAAGUGACACACACAAAGCCCUCAGAGCAAGGCUGUCCAACAGAAAUAGAACACAAGCCACACAUGUCAUUUAAAACUUUCUAAUAGUUGGGGCACCUGGCUCUCUCAGUCAGUAGAGCAUGUAACUCUCGAUCUCAGGGUUGUGAGUUCGAGCCCCACAUUGGGCAUGUAGAUUACUUAAAAAACAAAAAAACAACAAAAAA